GCCAUUGAAAUCGAUGUGAAAUGAAAUCAAUACAGUGCAUUGAUGCUAAAAGAAUCAAUAAAAUCUGCAUACUUUCGCAACCGCCUGCCUGUUGGUGCUUGCACAGGGGCGUGGCUGUGUGGGCUCAUCGGCUCGGCUUACGGCUUCUGGAUCCAGAACAGAAACACCCCCGCCCUUGAAUCUUCAUUCGUGUAUGCCGGUUCUGGAAUCUCGAGAAAUCGGGGCUUGCGUGCAGCAGUUGGUUGUGAACUCUCUGCGGAGCAUCAACGCCGUGGCAGCUUCUCGAGCAAGAGCCGGAAAAAACAGAAGCCCGUCGCCAGUUAGCCCCUUUGAGUACUCCGAGUUAACAUUGGACUGAUGACUUUUUUUU